GAAGAAUGAUAAACGUGUUGGGCGUGGUCAUUAAUUAUUGAUUAAUAACUAUAAUAAUCAUUCUAAAAAUAGUAUAUCCGCUAGCUCUGGUAGGCAGACAGAAAAGCUCGUUAAAGCGGGGGCGUUUCACACUCCUACUCCUUCCUUAACCCAACAUUAUGGACUCCUGAUAGUAUCUAUGAUCGUAUCCUCAGCCACCGUUAGGAGACCAACUGUUGCCAUGACGCCAGCUGUCAAGGACUCAGCAGUUUUAUCCUGCAUUAGAGCAAGGGCUGAAGAAAGGAACAGGGCUCUGUUCAGAGCCGCAAGAGGAGGAGGAAGAGUUGAGAAGAGGAGACUUGAGGGUGAAUCAACGAGACCUCCCAGUGGAAAGAGAGUAUUAAACUCACUGAUUGCUCCUGGCAGACUGAGUAUAAGGACACCACCAAUUGAUGGGAGAAUGGGUGUUAUUUGUAGUUCAAGAGUAUUAUCAAGUGCUUAUCCAAGACAUCAAGGUGUUCCAACGUCAGUUACUUCUACUUCUAAUCAAUCCAUGAUCAAUGAAAGAAGGCUAUCAGCUCCUUUAUCAUGGAGUGAUUUUCAAUCACAACUAGCAAACAAUGGAAGCUAUUCACAUCAACGGUAAUGUGCAUACAAUAUACAGCAUGUAUGUACAUGUACAUAUGUACAUGUACUUUUACAAUAGUGGGAAUUAGUAGGUCAAUUUUAGCUACAGUGAAACCUUUAAUUUGAUAUAGGAAUGUCUUACUACCUCAGAUAUUAUAUUCUCUUCCUGCUAGCUAGACACUUACACUUAAUUUCUAAAAAAACUUUGAU